CUCAAAUAGAAUCUGACGAGGAAAAUUGGGAUGAUGUUGAAAUACCUUCUUCGGGCUUGAUAAUAUCCGAUAAUAUCUCCGAUGCUCAUGAUGAUGAUGAUGUCGGUAAAAUAUUAUCUACUGCUACUGAUGAUAUGUCAGGUAUAACGAUAGUUGAUUCUGAUGAUGACACUGACAAUAUAUUAUCAUCUACUGUAGCUUUUCAAAAUUCUUUAUCCACUUCAAAAAAUAAAAAUCCUCAUCUCUUAGAUGUUUCCAAUUUCGUUAAUAACCUUGAUGUUGUUGAAGCUAUUAUCGGUGAUUUAAAAAAUUCUUUCUCUAAUAAUGAAUUCUCUGGAACUAUUACAAAGUUAGGUGGUGAUAAUUCUAAAAAAGUUAUAGAUAUGGAUGAUUGGGAUAACGAUAUGGAAAUACCUGAGGCUGGUUUAUCCUUUUGUAUUCCUCCUUCUAAAUCUUCCAGAAAUAAUUAUGUUAGUUGGGAUGAUGAAUUUCUGGAUUUAAAUAACAUUCUCCACUCAACCUCUAGUCUACCCUCUGAUAUCCCCUCUGCUAUACCCUCUAAUAUACCUUCUGAUAUAUUACCCUCUACUGUUACUACUUUAAAAAAAAAUAUUGUAAUUAAGAGAGUUGAUGAUCCUACUACUAUUUCUCAAAAGGUUGUCGAAAGUGGUAAUACUCUUUUUUCGGGUGUUUUAGAUUCAAGAUUAAGUAUUCUUGUUAGUCCUGCUCCAAGUUCUAGUAAUUUCGAAAGUGAAGAUGAAAGUUUUGAUGAUUUACAAAUUCCUGAUUCUAUUGAAAGACUUACUUUAUUUCCUCCUCGACAUGUUCAAGAUGGUAAUGCUUUUGAACCUGUUCACAAAAAUAUUGUUCCUCAUUCUUCUUUAUCAUCCGAGAAAAGUUCGGCUUCUACAAAUAAUAGUAGUAUUUCGAGGAGUAGUCGGUCUUCACCUUCUUUCUUAUCAAAGAAGGUAUCAAAAAAGAAUUGUAAUUCAUCUUUUGUAACUCCUCCACCUUCUCCAAAUAAGAUAGUGUCACAUUCAAAAAAAGAUACUAAUGUGAUGUCAAAACGUCCAUCUACCGUAUCUCCUAAAACUUCUUCUCCUCCUUUGAAAAAGUGCAAGUCAAAUGUGACUUUAUCUAAAAGUAUUAAUUCAUCAACUUCUAAAGAAAAAGUUUCUUCAAAAUCUAGUACAAAAUCUGUUACAAAGAGUUCUACGACUUCAAAAUCACGUACUAUGUCAACUUCAAAGACUUCAAAUUCAAAUGUUACUGGUAGUGUUAAAGAAAAUUUCAAUCCUUCUUUAAAAUCAAAAAAAUCGGUUACUUCUGGCAAGUCUUCAUCGACAACUAAAUCUGUAGAUUCUACAAGACUUUCAAAAGUGGCUUCAUCUCCUUCAUUAAAAUCAAAACCUUCUGGAUUUUCUUCUUUAACAAAACAUUCAAACAUUUCUUCAAUUUCAUUAUCAAGUGUCAAAACAAAUCGUUCAUUACCAUCUAUGUCUUUUGAGAAAAAAUCUCAUUGUCAAACAACUGUCUCAUCUUCAAAAUCUUCAAAAUCUUCAAAAUCAUUAAAUAUUAAUUCUAAGCCCUCUCAUUCUCGUGUAAAGUCUGCUCCAAUGUCACUUUCUGUAAAGUCAACAGUAAAUAAGACUAAUUCAAAAAAUCAAAAAAAUUGUGGUUCUAAAACUUUACGUAUUAUGCUUAAACCAAAUAAUUCUCAGAAUUUUGGUGAUGGAACUGAGUUGGAUGCAUUUGAUGAUUUACCUGUUUGUAUGGAUAAAGAACGGGCUUAUAAAAAAUAUCCCACAUCUCCGGCUUUUGAAAAAAUAGUGCUUCUUCGAUUGGAUCAAAGACUUCAACAAGAAGCAACACAGAAUCUCGAACUAAUUCAAAUAGUAGUAAAAAGAUGGGAUGGUAAUGAAUCAAUUCUCAAAGAUUUUGAUCCAUCUCCACAACGACCCGCCUUAAUAUCAAACAUGAAUCCUCAAUCAACCAACACAAAAUCAUUACAAGUUGUUGGUAAAAUGAUUUUUGAUCCUGAAAAAAUGUGCUGGUUUCAUUCUUCUGCAAAAGACAAUAAUAAUUCUAUGUCUUCUGAAGAAGAAGAAUUAUUAGCUUUAUUUGAUGAUGAAGAAGAAAUUGUUCUCGAGAAUUCUAAAGAUACUGAUGAUCCUGAUGAAUCAAAUAAAUUUAAAUAUCAUACAACUUGUGGUGAAACAUUUGGAAUGAAUAAUGGUGAAAAUGAUGAACUAUUGGAUAGAUUAGCUUCUGCAUCAUUAGUAUUUAGUGAUGGUGAUCAUAAUGAAAUAGUAUAUAGUGCUGAAGGAAGAAGACGUCGUCGAAUCAUUCCAACAGGUGGAAAUGGAAAUGGAAAUAAACAAACAAAUGAUAAUAAUGGUGAUGGAUUUGAUGAUAAUAAUGAAUUUCAAGUUGGUUCCGAAUUUGAUGUGUCAAAAGGUUUUUUGGCUGCUUUGGUGGCUUCGGAACGACAACAUAAAAAAGAAAUGAAUCGUUGGUAUCCAGCUAUCAGAAGUAUUAGAAAUGAACAAAGAUUUGGUUUGAAAGAUAGUAAUAAUAGCCAAAGAGGAUUUUUAUAUGAAAUUAGGAAUCCCGCUAUU